AUGCCACCUAAGCGUUCGUUGGCACUGGUGGCUGCUCAGGCACAUUGGGCCAAAAAGGCCAAGCCAGAAGCUUCCGUCGUAUCUGAUGAGACCAUUGAACAUGCAAAGGCACAUCCUGAGGUGAUAGUCAUUGAGUCUGAUAGUGAAGACGAUGAACCAGUCAAUGGAAUAUCAGAAGGCAAGAAAUCAGCAUCAGAAGAAAAUUCGUAUGGAGUAUAUUUGUUAUACAAUCCUAGUUAUGAUGAUCCUCUUAAAGAACGUCAAGCUAACUUCGGAACGAUUACCAUUGAAUCACUUGUAGGAGGGAAAGAUCUAAUACAACUGUACCAGUUUAAUUUCUCCAUUGAAUAUGAUUUCUUUAUGAGUUAUUUCCAUCCACAGUUUUCUAAAAACAAACGUCCAAUUACAUUCAUCACCACUUGUGCCAUGACAGAAGAAGAGUCCACAAUCAUGAAGACCCAUUUUAACUUUGAUAUCAUCGUACCCAAGAAUAUUCCCAGAUUUGGAUCUCAUCAUACAAAGCUCAUGGUCAACUUCUUUGAAGAUAACACUUGUCAGAUUGUCAUUAUGACUUGUAACCUUGCAAGAAUUGAUUUUGGAGCUUUAACACAAAUGAUUUGGAAAUCAGAAAGACUACCUUUGGGUGAAACGAGAGUUGAUCAAGGCAUACGAUUCCAAAGAGACUUUGCAAAUUAUUUACGAAGAUACAAUCAACCCAAACUUAAUGACCUCGUAAAUGAACUUUCUAAAUUCGACUUUCUGUCUAUAAAGGUUGAAUUGCUUGCUUCGGCUCCUGGAACAUACGAUAUGAACAAUUCAAAAGAGAACUACGGCUUGGGAAAACUCUAUCACAUAUUAAAGCGAAACCGUUUAUUACUUCCUGCUAGCACUUUGUCCCAUCAAGAAGGUAAGGCAAAGUAUCAUAUACUAGCAGAAAUCUCGUCUAUCGCAUACCCCUUUAUGACUAUUAAUAACCAACCAUAUAACAUAUUCACUCAUCUCUUGUGUCCCCUCAUGUUCGAAGACGAGUUGAGCAAUGUUAACAUUGCUGCUGGUUUGGUUGGGGCCAAGGAACAUCAAAAGGCUCACAACUAUAGCCCAUAUAUCAUGUUUCCGACUGUAUCCGACAUAGCCAAUAAUAACCUGGGAUACGGAGCCGGUAGAGCAGUGCAUUUCAACUAUUCACUGAGUUGUAUCAACAGAUACCAUUUUAGACUUUUGAAACCAUAUAUGUGCAAAUGGAAUGAUUCUACUGCAAAGCAUCAAUGUGGGGGAAGAGAGGAAGUAAUACCCCAUGUCAAAUUAUUUCUUUGUGAUAAUGGAGAUGAGUGGAAAUCAUUGAGAUGGUUAUUACUAACCUCUCAUAACUUAUCCAAACAGGGAUGGGGAUCUCCAAUCAUACCUAAGAAAUCAAACCUGCUCCUGCUGCUUAAUCUUGGAUUCGAGCAGUUUUCUAUUUCUAGCUACGAGUUAGGAAUUUUCGUUCCUCGGCCACAGAAUUAUCACAUCCAAAGCAGAUCUGGAACUUUAAACAACAAAAUUAAUAAUAGAAACUCAAUCGUAAUUCCAUUCAACUUGCCCCCAACAUCUUACAGCAUGUCGGAUCUCCCUUGGAGUCCUCAUGUAACUUCUAGUGUUCCAGAUAAAUUUGGCCAAGUUUAUGCAUUAACUUAA